AGAAAGGAAGGCAGAGGAAACCACGGCCCCUGGACCCUGGCGAGGGCUCCAAGGACACAGACAGCUCUGCGGGACGGCGGGGUAGCGCCGGCAGAAGGCAUGGGCGCUGGCGGGGUCGUGCUGAGAGCCCGGGCGUGCCGGUGGCCAAGGUGGUACGGGCAGUAACCAGCCGGCAGAGGGCCAGCCGGCGGGUCCCACCCGCCCCACCCCCAGAGGCCCCUGGCCGCCAGAACCUGAGUGGGGCGGCAGCUGGGGAGGCGCUGGUAGGGGCAGCUGGCUUCCCACCCCACGGAGAUACAGGGAGUGUGGAGGGCGCCCCUCAGCCCACGGACAGCGGCUUCACCCCCAAGUGUGAAAUCGUGGGCAAGGACGCACUGUCUGCACUGGCCCGGGCCAGCACCAAGCAGUGCCAGCAGGAGAUCGCCAACGUGGUGUGCCUGCACCAGGCUGGGAGCCUCAUGCCCAAGGCUGUGCCCCGUUACUGUCAGCUGGCCGGGAAGAUGAGUCCCGGCAUCCAAUGGGAUGAGACACGGGCCCAGCAGCCCGUGGGUGGCCCCCCAGUGCGAAUUGCCUACAUGCUGGUGGUCCAUGGCCGCGCCAUCCGCCAGCUGAAGCGUCUCCUCAAGGCCGUCUACCACGAGCAGCACUUCUUUUAUAUCCAUGUGGACAAGCGUUCCAACUACCUGUACCGGGAGGUGGUGGAGCUGGCCCAGCGGUAUGAGAAUGUGCGGGUGACGCCCUGGCGCAUGGUCACCAUCUGGGGCGGGGCCAGCCUUCUGAGAAUGUACCUGCGGAGCAUGCAGGACCUGCUGGAGGUGCCGGGCUGGGCCUGGGACUUCUUCAUCAACCUCAGUGCCACCGACUACCCAACCAGGACCAAUGAGGAGCUGGUGGCAUUCCUGUCCAGGAACCGGGACAAGAAUUUCCUCAAGUCACAUGGCCGGGACAAUUCCAGGUUCAUCAAGAAACAGGGCCUGGACCGGCUCUUCCAUGAGUGUGACUCACACAUGUGGCGCCUGGGCGAGCGGCAGAUCCCGGCGGGCAUCGUGGUGGAUGGUGGCUCCGACUGGUUCGUGUUGACGCGCGGCUUUGUGGAGUACGUGGUGUACACAGACGACCCGCUUGUGGCCCAGCUCCGCCAGUUCUACACGUACACGCUGCUCCCCGCCGAGUCCUUCUUCCACACGGUGCUGGAGAACAGCCUGGCCUGUGAGACCCUUGUGGACAACAACCUGCGGGUCACCAACUGGAACCGCAAGCUGGGCUGCAAGUGCCAGUACAAGCACAUCGUGGACUGGUGUGGCUGCUCCCCCAAUGACUUCAAGCCGCAGGACUUCCUCCGGCUGCAGCAAGUCUCCAGACCCACCUUCUUCGCCCGGAAGUUCGAGUCGACCGUGAACCAGGAGGUGCUGGAAAUCUUGGACUUCCACCUGUAUGGCAGCUACCCCCCUGGCACACCGGCCCUCAAGGCCUACUGGGAGAAUACCUAUGAUGCAGCUGACGGCCCCAGUGGGCUCAGUGACGUUAUGCUCACUGCCUACACCGCCUUUGCCCGCCUCGGCCUGCACCAGGCCGCCACCGCCGCACCCCCACCGGCCACCCCACUCUGCAGGUUUGAGCCCAGGGGCUUGCCGUCCAGUGUGCACCUGUAUUUCUAUGACGACCAUUUCCAGGGCUACCUGGUGACGCAGGCGGUGCAGCCCUCACCCCAGGGGCCAGCAGAGACGCUUGAGAUGUGGCUGAUGCCCCAGGGGUCGCUGAAGCUGUUGGGGCACAGUGACCAGGCCAGCCGGCUCCAGAGUUUGGAGGUUGGCACCGAGUGGGACCCCAAAGAGCGCCUUUUCCGGAACUUUGGGGGGUUGCUGGGGCCACUGGACGAGCCUGUGGCCAUGCAGCGCUGGGCCCGGGGCCCCAACCUCACAGCCACGGUGGUCUGGAUCGACCCAACCUAUGUGGUGGCCACAUCUUAUGACAUCACAGUAGAUGCGGAGACCGAGGUCACACAAUACAAGCCCCCACUGAGCCGGCCCCUGCGGCCAGGGGCCUGGACUGUUCGACUGCUUCAGUUCUGGGAACCGCUGGGUGAGACCCGCUUCCUUGUGCUGCCCUUGACCUUCAACCGCAAACUACCUCUCAGGAAAGAUGACGCCAGCUGGCUGCAUGCGGGACCACCCCACAACGAGUACAUGGAGCAGAGUUUCCAGGGCCUGAGCGGCAUUCUGAACCUGCCUCAGCCGGAGCUUGCCGAGGAGGCCGCCCGACGGCACGCGGAGCUCACGGGCCCCACGCUCCAGGCCUGGACAGAUGGGGAACUGAGCACCUUCUGGUCUGUGGCCGGACUGUGUGCCACAGGGCCCUCCAGCUGCCCCUCCGUGGAGCCCUGCAGACUGACCAGCUGGAGCUCUCUGUCCCCUGAUCCCAAAUCGGAGCUGGGACCUGUCAAAGCAGACGGGCGACUCAGGUAGCAGGGCUCCAGCCAACACCCUGGAGGACCCGGGGAAUCGCACCUUAACAGAUGGUAGAGGGGUGUCCCCUCCUGCAGGAAGAACCAGUGGCCCAGGCCGUAUACCCAUUUCAGCCAUCAAGAACCUGGACACGGCAGGGAAGGGGGGCGCGGCAUUAAGUGCUGCUGAUGUCCCUGCUAGGGACCAGAGGGCUGGCGGGAGUGUGAGGAGCAGGGUCUGGCAGCAUUCCACGCCCACUUCUUCCUCGCCUUCCUCUCUAGUUUGUAUUUUUUUAAUAAUUAUUAUUUAAAAAGGAAAAUGGGUGGUGGGGGAAUUAGAAACAAGCUGUGCAAUAGGGCUCAGAGCAGCCCAGGAAGUGGCAACGGCUGUGGGGAGUGAGCCGGCUGAGCCCAUCUGCCUUGUUCUAGAUGAGGCCGGGCCAGCCUCGCCCUCUAGGGCCUCAUCCCCGGCCUGGACCUGUGGUGGUCAUGGCUGAGUCUCUGCAGGGAUGCAAGGGCCCCACCAGGCUCUGGGGAACAGAUGAUUUUGGGGGCACUGCAGAGCUGGGCUCUAGCAGGACAGCUCUCCUCUUGCAGCCAGGGGACCCCAGAAGAGGGGUGGGGCUGGCUUCCAGCAUACGCUACCCCUUGGUGGGAAAGGUGGGCACGGGGACCUGCUGAGACUGACGCAGCUCCCAGGUAUGCGUUUCCCAGGGAUGCCUGCGGGCGCCUCAGGAGCAGUGUGGGAAGAAGACUCUGCCAGGGCUCUCAGAAACCUGGAGUAGCAUUGUGCCUGAAGCUCAGUGUGAAGUCUGAAAUAUGCAACAGAAGAAAUAUAUCUCUAUCUCUCUCA